AUGACUACUACGCCCAUGACUCUGCUCGGUGCUCUGACGUCGACCUACACACCGAUCGGGGCAACGUGUAACAGCAUCCACUUUGCUAUCAAUCCGUUGCAUGAAACAGGAUGGUUUGCCUUGGGAGCGAUUGAGACCGACUACUUGACUUCUUCUUGUAUGCCGGGAGGAUACACACGAGCGCCCCAGUAUUACUACUCGCCAGGUGUUUGCCCGUCUGGUUAUACACCUGCCUGCUCCGCAUCCCUGACAACAGACAGCGCUGUCACGACACUAGCCACGUGCUGCCCAACCGGAUAUGUCUGUUAUCAAAACCGAGGAGACAAUAUCUAUGGAUGUACCUCUCUCGUAACUUCGGAAAGCGUUCUCACUGUCUUGAGCGUCAGCUACGAGACCAUUACCGGAGACUCGACCACAAGUUAUCCAAUUGAUACGGCCACAAUCACCACAACAAUAUCCCAGGACGAAUACAUGAUCAAUGCUUAUGGUGUGAUAGUGCAAAGACAAGCGGAUGACCCGGCAUUCGUGUCAACAAGUGGUGCUUCAACUUCAACUUCCACAGCAUCAUCGGGUACAGUCGCUUCGGUGCCUAGCGAAACCGGUACAUCGACCGCCGCAGCGGCUGCUGGUUCAUCGUCAUCGUCAUCGUCGUCAUCUGAGCUGAGCACUGGUGCCAAGGUCGGAUUGGGUGUUGGAGUAUCCCUUGCAGCAAUUCUCUUUAUAGGCUCGAUCGUCUUCUUCUUUCUCUCACGACGGAGAGCAAGGAACGCAGCAGGACAAGGGGAGGCAGGGCAGGCAGGGCAUCUCAGCGAGCUAGGGAGUCCCAACAGCGCGAAUUGGUCAGGGCAGCCGGUAAUGGUCUCCCAAAUGGAUGCUUCCUCGAUUGCUCAACCAUACGGCCAGCCAUACAAGGACCAACAAUAUGCCUCCCACAAUUACGCCGCACCCGCGUAUCACCAGGUUCCACAGCAACUGUCAGCCGAUAGUGUUCCGGUGGAAAUGUCGGCCGAGGCGCCAAAGCCUGCAAGCCAUGGUCCAUACUAG